AUGACCCUGACACCCUUUCACCUUGCAAUUCCGGUGCGAGAUAUCGCUGAAGCGCGCAAUUUUUACGGCACCAGGCUGGGUUUUGCUGAAGGGCGCAGCGAUGUGCACUGGGUAGAUUUUGACCUGUUUGGCCACCAGCUGGUUGUUCAUCUGGAUCCGGCGUUAGGUUCGCAGGGACAGGUUGCACACAUCAAACAGGGUGUAGAUGGUCAUGGCGUGCCGGUGCCACAUUUCGGUGUAGUGCUGACCCUGGCGCAGUGGGAUCAGUUCAGAAUGCAAAUAGACGGUGUCAUCGACGAAUUCAUCAUUGAACCGUACACUCGCUUUGAAGGUUUGCCGGGCGAGCAGAAAACCAUGUUCUUUCAGGACCCUUCCGGUAAUGCACUUGAGUUCAAGGCAUUCAAAGAUAUCCAGAGCGCUCUUUUUUCCACCGCCUAA